GAGCCUGAACAGUGGCGGUGUCUAAUGCGUAAGGCACUUCCUUAGGGGACCUGAAUCUUGCUGUUCCUGUGUAAUGGAGUUAGGGGGGCAUGAGAGAGAAACCUCAACAAGGGACACUUUAUGGAAGGAGAAACUGAAGCCCACACAAAAUGGAGAACCAACUGAGACGACAGCUGUGAAAGAAAGUUCUUUUCUAAGGUUCCUUUCCAGGGAACAGGUUCCCUCUGAAUCUGGAUUCUUGAGGUUCACAUUUGUUCCCUCAUUUGGAAGACUGCCAAGUCAGUUUCAUGCUGUAGAUGCCACAUCAUAUCUUGUGAGAGUUUCAGAGGAUCCUUUGGAGAAGAACAAUCAAGAAAUUAGAAACGUGACUGAACUAGUUGCUAAAGGCCAGGCCAUACAAAGCAGACCCAAGAGAAACAGUGAAGCCUCUGGAUGUACAAAGAAUAUCCACGAACAUUUACAAUCACCAGAGUCUAACGUAAGCAAAGGGGAAAUGGACAGAGAUGAUCUUUUCCAAGCGGAUUUUGUCUUUGUUAUGGACUCAGAUGAAGACAAAAAGACAAUGUCAGGCAAUGGCUAUGGUCAUGCACGACCCCAGAUUUUAGACACAUCCCGUGCAUCUACAAGUUGUGAGUCAAGAGGGAAUGCAUCAAUACCAUCACACACGGAACUUCCCCACAGUUCUGCCAGUCAACAGAAACAAUGCCAGUUAACUUCUCCUCUGUCUACCUCUGGUCAUCUUUCCCAUAAAUCACCUGUUAUCCAUUCACUUUCUCCAACUAACCCAAAAGUUGAACCUGAUCUGGCUCCUACUCUUCACAAAGCCUCUUCUGUACAAGAAUCCCACAGCCAGUGGCAGUCUGCAAAUGGAUCCACCAUGCAUCAAUCCUCUACUUAUUUACAGUCUACUGCUUCUUACAGUGUCCCCUUUUCCAUAUUGAAAAGACCCCCUUUCCCAUUUAACAGCCUUUCAGACAGUGUUCAGUCACCCUGUAAUAUCCAAGCUAACAAUCUUCACAAAAUGUCUGAUUCCACCACGUCCCCUCCACCAAGCAAAUAUCUGUCUCUUGCUUCCCAGAUUUCCAGUUCAUCAGAUACUCUUCAAAGCUCAUCUCCUCACACCCUGUCUCCUCCUCCCCCCAAGAGAUUUAAUACAUUGGCUUCAGUUCCAAUCUAUAUCACAACACAUUUAUUAUCUCCUAGUCCAAAACCUCUUUCUCCCUCCUUUCAUGGUUCCUCCUCAACCAUAUGUAGCGAAAACAAUCCCUGCAGCCAAAGACCUUCCAAGGGAAAGUCUGGAAUUAGAUCCCCUCUACCAACCAGGCUCUCUCUUUUGACUGCUAUUCUAAAGUCAGGAUCUUCACCAAAGAGACCCUUUUCUCCUGCAUCUUGUCCUGCCACAUUUUCUCCCAAUUCCCUGGGCUCUUCAACACUCGCAAUAGAUCAGAAGUUUAAAACAACACCUCCAACUCCCAAUAAAUUGCCUUCAAAUUAUUCUGUGAGGUCUGAUUCACCAGGCCAAGAUGAAUAUCUCCUUUCAGUGUUUACUAAUAUACCCGAUCACAUGACCUUACCCUCAAAGUCCAGUCCUACUUUUAGAGCCAGAUCUGUGUCCCCUAAAAUUUUUCUUGAUGCUGGAGAACUUUCUCCUGACAAAUUACGUCCUUUGUCACCCACUAUUUCCACCUACAGAAAAACAGUUGUCUCUCCCCUAUUGCAUCCAACCACACUAAAUUCUUCUUUGCCUCCUCAUGUCCCAAAAAACGCUCCUCAAAUUACUUCAAAGGGGGCAUAUUCUCCUGCUCACAGAUACCGGGGGCCUGAGAAGUCUAAGAAGGUUCAUACAUACUCUCCCACUUUUACCACCAAGUCUUAUCCAGUAUCUACCCCUGCUAACAACCAACGGGACAUGUUUUCAACCCCUUCAGAAAAAUACUCUCCUGUCUCUCCAUACUUUUUGCAGCCUACUUGUAAAUCAAAAGCAUGUUUGCCACAAGUCUCUGCUAAGGAUCUAAAUGGUCAUUUAUCAGUCCCUUCACCACAUUGGCCUUUUUCUCAUAAAGGUUCUACCUCACCUACUUCUCCAGACUAUAGUGUUAGCCCCCCUUCAGUACGGAUUAAUUCCUCCUCCAUUCAUGCAAGCUACAGAGCUUGCCCCUCAUCUUCAAGACCUAGGACCCCAUUAAUGCAACCUAGAUCUCCUACCAGGGUCCGUUCACCAUGUUCACUGCUGUCAACAUCCAGGGAAUCAACUUCACCCGUGCCUUCUGACUCUAAGGCUCCCCAGCCACACAAGAUCAAGGCAAGCUACAAGGCGUUUGCAGCAAUCCCAACAAACACAUUGCUUCUGGACCAGAAGGAACUUAAUGAACCAGAAAGUGAAGAAAACACUUUGGACACACAUUCAGAGAUCUGUUCCCCUGCCCAGCUGAGACAACAGACCGAAGAGCUGUGUGCUGCAAUUGAUGAAGUCUUACAGGACCCACUGUCUACGCAACAACAUGGUUCUUCCCCAAGUGCCUUGCAGAACCUAUUGGUUUCAGAUACAGGCAAAACAUCUACAGCUUUACAGAGACCAGCUGGACGAGAAACAAGAUUUGCUAACCUCAACUUACGGAUGCCUACAGAGAAUGAAAGUAAAAAGACAAGGCCUGGUGUUAUCCGUCCAACAACUGUGAAAGCGAAAAUAAUAUUUAAAAAGGAGGAUCCUAUCCAACCAAACCCAUUCAAAAAGUACAUGGAAGAAACCACAGAAUCCCAAACUGAACAGGUCAUUUCUCAUGCUGAUUUGCUAACUCCUGGGCCCUUCAGUCAUUUGGGUUCCAUCUUUGCUGAUUCUUAUGACAAUUUCUAUAGUCCUUACCGUCACAAUACUUUGUAUAAUAAGCCCGUUCAUCCAAUAGUGCCUAUUCCAGAAAAUGAAGCACUCAGCUCCAAAGAGCUUCACUCGGUUCGAGUACAAAGCAAGACCGGCGUUCUACCCCACCACGAAAACAAAGAUCGAAGCAGAGGAAGUUUUGCAGACCCAACUAAACCUAACUAA